AAAAUAAAUAUAGAAUAUAGGAGUAGGAGGGUGAGAAUAGGAGCGAAUAGAGAAAGAGUGAGCAAAGAGGAGGCGGAGACUGAUGAGACUGAUAGACCACACUCUGUCUGUAUAACCGUUUCUCGCUCUGGAGAACUUCGCUUUGAACUUCAAGAGGUUUUUGAUGGAGCAGUACGAGAAGGUUGAAAAGAUAGGAGAAGGAACAUACGGCGUCGUUUACAAGGCUCGUGACCGUGUAACCAACGAAACCAUCGCCUUAAAGAAGAUUCGCCUCGAGCAGGAAGAUGAAGGUGUUCCUAGCACCGCUAUUCGAGAGAUUUCUCUCUUGAAAGAAAUGCAGCAUAGGAACAUUGUUAGGUUGCAAGAUGUGGUGCACAGUGAGAAGCGAUUGUAUCUGGUUUUUGAGUACCUUGACUUAGAUCUAAAGAAGCAUAUGGAUUCAUCUCCAGAAUUUUCAAAAGAUCCUCGACAAGUAAAGAUGUUCCUUUAUCAAAUUCUUUGUGGCAUUGCUUACUGUCAUUCUCACAGAGUUCUUCAUCGAGAUUUGAAACCACAAAAUUUGUUGAUAGAUCGCAGCUCUAAUGCGCUAAAGCUUGCAGAUUUUGGAUUGGCUAGGGCAUUUGGAAUUCCUGUUAGGACAUUUACUCAUGAGGUGGUGACACUAUGGUAUAGAGCUCCAGAAAUAUUGCUUGGAUCCCGUCAUUAUUCUACCCCAGUUGAUGUUUGGUCAGUUGGGUGCAUAUUUGCUGAGAUGAUAAACCAACGACCACUCUUCCCGGGGGACUCUGAGAUUGAUGAAUUGUUUAAAAUAUUCAGAAUCACGGGUACACCAAAUGAAGAUACAUGGCCUGGAGUGACUUCAUUGCCUGAUUUUAAAUCAGCCUUUCCCAAGUGGCCACCUAAGGACUUGGCAACUCUAGUCCCAAAUCUUGAGCCAGCUGGUCUUGAUCUUCUAUCUAGUAUGCUUCGCUUGGAUCCCAGCAGAAGAGUUACUGCCAGGGGCGCUCUUGAGCAUGAAUACUUCAAAGACAUUAAAUUUGUCCCCUGAUUUCUCAGCUUCACUGAAGAGGUGUCUAUAUUAUUAUGUGUAUCAUUUAUGGGUUGACUUAGAAAUGUGCGCUAUCUUUGCUAUUUUAUUCAAUGCUUUGGAUUGGACCGAGUAAUAUUUCUUUCAUUUAUUGGUUUUUACAGAUUUCUUUAUUUAUUUUUAGAUUAAGCUUGAGUGUGAUUUCAUUGCCUAUAUUUUCUUUUUCAUGUCUUAGUCUCAAUACAAUGCUACCAGCAAAUUUCCUGUUUGCUAGAUGUAUAAUAGACAUAUUGCUGAAUGAUUGUUGUAGAACAAAUCGUUACUCCUACUGGCAUGGGGCAUGUAAAAGUGAUUUACGCCUGUAAUUUGCUUCUAA